CACAACUGUCUCCAGUUCCUGCCUUAAAAAAUCCAGUUUGGGUUUUCUACAUGUAGCCCAUACAUAUUUUACAAAUGAGUAUACAAUUGGUCUACAGGUAAUCUGCAAUUUAGGACCACAAAAAGAGCCCUAAAUUUCUGUUGCUAAGCGAGAUGACUAUUAAGUGAGUUUUGCCCCAUUUUACAAACUUUUUUGCCACGAUCGUUUCUUUCAGAGUACUAUAUUACAAUGGCUUCUCAAGAGAGGAUCAGGCCUGUGAUAAAAGGAAGCGGAUUUUGGCAUGUUCCCACUGUGAAGGAAUAUAGCCAGGAAACACAAGAGUUAUUAAAAGUGAUGAUGCAAGAAUCUAAACUUACUUGCUUCCAGCAACGCCAUCUUGUAAAUUGCAUGAAACGUGGUGAUGCUUUCCCCGUACACUGUUAUCCAACAUCCAGCAGAGAACCAGAGUUUCCGAAGCCUGUGUCAUCAAAGAUUAUUUUGACCACCACUCUCUGUGGUAGACCUCACCUGCGGCCUGCAGAAAUCUGUCGGGCAGGAAAUGCAUAUACCAGAGAAAAAUUCAAACCUCAAGCCACUCGAGACAUAGAGAAGGAGAAAGAAAGACUGCAAAACAUCUUAGCAACAGGAAAGGACAAAGUAGAGAAGAAAACUCAGAAGAAACCAGUCAAGGUAGAAGAAACAGUACCAGAGGUGGACCGAUUCGAUGAAUUGGUGAACGAAAUUCAAGAUCGUCAAAAUUUCCUGUCAGAAAUGAAAGCUUUGGGACAGAGCAAAGCAUAUGAAGGAAUUAUCCAAACUGAAAUAUCACAGAAGCUCCGGGAGAUGGAGAUGAUUGACAAGCAGAGAACUGCAGAACUGAAAGGGGCAAUAGCCAAGUCUUUCAAUACAAGCAUCAAACAUGACAAUCGAAGCACAGGUCAAGUAGACCAAUAGUUCCCCCCCCACACACACACACACCCAAGGAUGUAACUCUUCACCCUUACUUUUUCUGCUGGCAUAACCAAAUGUGAAGAAUAUCUUAUCAGUACAGUUUUGACCCUCUUGUGGCAGGUAUCUGUUAGAAUAUAUUUAAUCUCCCAGGAAUUCUGUAUGAAUCCUGAAAAAUAGGAACAAUCUGUUUCAAUAUGGAAUGGCAGGAAGCCUUUCCAAAAAUGUGAUCCAGAAACAAAAGAGUUCAAAUGAAUCACUGGCCUUACAAUGAAUAUUAGCUUGCUUGCCUUGACAAAAAAGAGGAAAGGAUUUCAAU